AUGCCAUUCUAUGUAGAUGGCACUCUGACCAAGGUACUGCCUUCCAUGCACCAAGAGAUGAGUGAUGAAUACUUUGUGCAGCUGUGUGCAGCAGUUAACUAUCUCCAUAACAAAAAAGUUGCUCACAGAGACUUGAAAACGGACAACAUUUUGAUCACAGAAAAGAAAAUUCUCAUUGCUGAUUUUGGCUUAUCGGAUAUCUUGCCCACUGAGGAUACAAUGGCGACCAAAAGAAAAGGAACUGUGGUGUACAUGUCCCCAGAGCAGUCUCUAAAAAGGCCAUUUGACCCUUUUAAAUGUGACAUGUUCGCUCUUGGAGUAGUCUACUGGUGUAUGGUUUUCAAAGUGAAUGUUUUGAAUCAAGACACCAUGGAACCAAUGAUGGAAACAACUGUCACGAUCAUCAAUGGUGUUGAUGUCACACUCUAA